AUGGGGACCCCUGAGAGGACAGGGGACACCGGGGACACUGGGGACACUGUCCCCACUCCGCCCCUCAUCCCCGUGCCUCAGUUUCCCCCCGCUCGCAGCCCGGGGCGGGGCGGGGGGGUCGCUCCCAGCCCCACCCGCGAUGCCGGGGGUCCCGCUGCUCUUCGUCCUCCUCCUCCUCCUCCUCCUCAUCACCGGGACCCCCGCCCAGUCCUUCCCGCGGGACCUGGUGGCUCGCAGCACCGUGGGGCUCGCAGCCACCGCCGCGUACCCGCGCUUCGGGGGUCUCCGGGGGGACAACGGCACGGCACGGCUCGGCCUCGACUUCCAGCGGAUGCUGCGGCUGAACGGGACGCUCUUCGUGGCUGCCCGGGAUCACAUCUACGCCUUCGACCUGCGGCAGGACAAGGGGACGCUGUACCCGGAGCGGCACCUCACCUGGGAGACGCAGGACAGGGAGAACUGCGCCAUGCGGGGCCGGCGGCAGGACGAGUGUCACAAUUACAUCCGGGUGCUGGUGCCCCGCGACGCCGAGACCCUCCUGGCCUGCGGCACCAACGCCUUCAGCCCCCUGUGCCGCACCUACCAGGUGAGCAGCCUGGCACAGCAGGGUGACGAGGUCAGUGGCCAGGCCCGCUGUCCCUUUGACGCCAAGCAAAGCAUCGUGGCUCUCUUUGUCGAUGGCAGCCUGUACUCGGCCACGGUGGCCGAUUUCCAGGCGAGUGAUGCCGUGAUCUACCGCAGCCUGAGCCCCGGGCAGGCUCCCCUGCGCACCCUCAAAUACAGCUCCCGCUGGCUGCAGGAACCCCACUUUGUCCAGGUGCUGCCCUACGGCCCCUACGUAUACUUCUUCUUCAGGGAGGUGGCAGUGGAGCUCAGCGCCCUGGGCAAGGUGCUGGUGGCCCGGGUGGCCCGGGUGUGCCGCAACGACCGCGGCGGGUCCCCGCGGGUGCUGGAGCGGCGCUGGACGUCCUUCCUGAAGGUGCGGCUGCAGUGCUCCAUCCCUGGGGACACCGUCUUCUACUUCGACGUCCUGGAGGCCGUGACACCCCCCCAGACCCUGCAUGGGCGCCCCGCUGUUCUCGCCCUCUUUGGCACCCAACCCAACAGCAUCCCCGGCUCGGCCGUGUGCGCCUUCUACCUGGCGGACGUGGAGCGCUCCUUCGAGGGCCCCUUCGCCGAGCCCCGUGGGACCACCUGGACCCCCGUGCCAGAGGAGAGGGUCCCUCAGCCCAGGCCGGGCUGUUGUGCCGGGAUGGGCCCUGCUGCCGGCGUUGUCACCUCCGGGGACUUCCCUGACGAGACGCUGGUGUUCGCCAAGGAGCACCCGCUGCUGCACGGCGCCGUGGGCCCCGCGGGCGGGCGGCCCCUCUUCACCCACACCGGCACCAGGCUGACCCAGCUGGCCGUGGACACGGGCGCGGGGCCCCGCGGGAACCACACCGUGCUGUUCCUGGGCGCCGAGGACGGGCGGCUGCUGAAGGUCCUGGCAGCUGCACAGAGCCCCGAGGCCACGCAGCCCCCCGGGGGCACCCCGGCACCGGGGGACACCCAAGAGCCGGGGGACAGCAGGGACAGCAGUGGCAAGACGCUGCUGCUGGAGGAGAUCAGCCUCUACGACCCCGGGCGGAGCUGCCUGGCUGCCCGAGACCCCUAUUGUGUCUGGCUGCCCUCCAGGGGCUGCGUCCCCUUCUCCGAGGACCUUCCGAGUGGCUUCCAGCAGGACGUGGAGGGAUCCCUGGGGAUCAGCGGGACCUGCCAAGGGGCUGCAGAGGACAAUGACGAGGAUGGAGACCUGGCCCACGGGGUGCGGCACCCGGGCCCGGAGGCCGAAUCGGCGGUGCCGGUGCCGGUGCUGGUGGGCUGCGUGCUGGGCGCCUUCGCCCUGGGAGCCCUGGCCACCGGGCUGGCGGCCACCUGCUGCCAGCGCCCCGCCGUCCCCAAAGCCCCCCCGGAGCCGCCCUGCGCCCCUCGGACCCCGACCCAAACUCCCGUCCCCCGCCUGUACCCCGCGCUGCCGCCGCGGGACCCCCCCGAGCCCGAGCCCCCCGCGCUGCCCCCGGCCCGCGCACCCCGGGACCGGGAGCCCCGGAGCCCCCCGGGCCGGGACCACCGGGCAGGGCUGCCCGGGAGGAGAUGCCGCAGCGGCCGCCCGGGGGCUCGGGGUGGCCCGUGAGCCCCCCGGGCAGCGGCUCCUUUACCAACCGGGUGCUGCCGCGCUCCGCGGGUCCCGGACCCCCCUUCGGCCCCCACGACCGGGCUCCGGUGCGCCUGGAUGUGCCCCCCGACAGCCCCCCGGCCCCGCGGCGGCCGCUGGCACAGAGCCGCUCGCUGGGGGGGACCCCCGUGAGCCCCCCCGGGCCGCCGCGGGGCCUCACCCGCAUGCACUCGUUGGGGACACCGGGGGGGACAGCCUGGGGACCCCGGCCCGGCGCCCUGGAGCGCUCCCUGUCCAUGAAGCCCCCCGUGCUCCCCAAGCCGCUGCUGCUGCCCGCGGCCCCGGGGCGGCACUGAGACCCCCCCGGGACACCCCAACUGCAGCCGGGGGACCCCGAGCUGUCACCGUCCCCCUGCUCUCUGUCCCCAUGUCACCAGGACAGCCCCCAGCAGGGUGACAGGGAUCCCCGUGUCCCCACCUUGCGGUGACAAGGUCUCCGUGUCUCCCAUCCCCCUGGUUUUGCUUUUUUAAAAAAUCCUUUCUAAUUUAUUUUCUGUUCGGCGGGGGGAUGGGAGUUGCUGUCACCCCCCUUUUGGGGACACCAGGAAGGGGGACACACGGCCCAGCCCAUCCUACUGUGUAGGACCAGGGCUGGGCCGGGGCACUGCAACAGUGGCACAGGAUUUUAAUAAAAAAUACACAGCAAAAAACGA